GCAAUUCCAACUUCAUGUGCUGUUUACCUCAACACGUGCGGGAGUUUUUGUUUAUAUUUUAGCUCGUGGUUUUAGCUAAAAGCCCGCCGCAAUAUGAAGUUUUCCUACAAAUUUUCCAACCUGUUGGGCACAAUAUAUCGUAAUGGAAACUUGGUGUUCACACCGGAUGGCAAUUCGGUUAUCAGUCCGGUUGGCAAUAGGAUAACGGUCUACGAUUUGAAAAACAACAAAUCGCGCACCUUGUCCCUGGAAUCGCGAUAUAACUACACGAACAUAGCUCUUUCCCCGGAUGGAAGUCUGCUGAUCGCAGUCAAUGAAAGGGGGGAAGCGCAGCUCAUCAGCAUGAUGUCCUGUACGGUGAUACAUCGUCACAAGUUCCAGACGGGCGUACAGUGCAUCUGCUUUAGUCCGAAUGGAGCUUUCUUUGCCGUCGCUGUCCACAACGUAGUGCUAAUAUUCUGUGCACCUGGUGAGAUCACCGGGGAGUACAAUCCUUUCGUCCUCCGCCGAAAAUUCCUCGGUGGAUACGACGAUGUCACUUGGCUGGACUGGUCUUCGGACUCUCGACUUUUGGCAAUCGGCUGUCGGGAUAGCUCCACCAAAAUCGUUGCCAUCAACUAUACAAAGAACUUCCGCACCUAUAACCUAAGUGGCCACACGGAUGCCAUUGUGGCUUGUUUUUUCGAGGCGAACAGCUUGCACUUGAACACCAUAAGCCGCAAUGGUCAGCUCUGCUUGUGGGAAUGCAGCCUGGCUCCCUCGGAUUUAGAGGAUGCUGAAAGGCCAAAGAUCGCUCCCCCUCAAAGGAAGAAGGAAAAGAAGGCAGUAUCUGAUAAUGAGUCAGAAGAUGACGUUGAAAAUGUGGUGGAAAAGGAUGCGUUGAAGGAAGAAUCGUCCAAGGAUGCCGAAGAUGUCAACCAUAUAAAAAAUGAGGACGAGACGAAGGGUCACCCCUUCUUUUACAAGAAAAUAACUCGUCAUUACUUGGCCGAUGAGCCGCGAAAAGAGCAGCGGGAUGUACAACUGACCGCGGCAAACUACAACACUCGUACCAAGGUUUUGGUGGUAGCCUUCAGUUCCGGAGCUUUCUACCUCUACGAAUUGCCCGACGUGAACAUGAUUCAUUCGCUGAGCAUCUCCGACUAUCCCAUUUCGGCGGCCCUCUUCAACUGCACUGGUGACUGGGUGGCAUUGGCCUCCCGAGAGAUUGGACAACUUCUGGUUUGGGAGUGGCAAAGUGAGCAAUACAUAAUGAAGCAGCAGGGACACAGCAGCGAAAUGACCUGCAUUGCAUACUCCUCGGAUGGUCAGUUCAUCGCCACUGGCGGUGAGGACUCAAAGGUGAAGCUCUGGAACACGCAGAGCAGCUUCUGUUUUGUUACUUUCAGCGAGCACACAAGUGGAGUAACUGGCAUACAGUUCAGCAGGAACAAGAAAUUCCUGGUUAGCAGUUCCCUAGACGGCACAGUGCGUGCUUUUGAUGUCAACAGAUACCGCAACUUCAGGACUUUCACCUCACCGAAUCCUGCUCAGUUCUCCUGUGUGGCUGUGGAUUACUCUGGCGAGUUAGUUGCGGCUGGCGGCCAGGACGUAUUCGACAUCUUCCUUUGGUCAAUUAAAACAGGAAAGCUGCUGGAGAUCAUCAGUGGCCAUGAGGGACCCGUAGUUUCCAUAGCAUUCUCUCCAGUGGCUACUUCAUCUACUUUGGUGUCUGGAUCUUGGGACAAGACCGUCAAGAUAUGGAACUGCCUCGAGAGCAACAGCGAGCACGAAACUAUUGAUGCUGUUUCAGAUGUUACAAAUGUUACAUUCAGUCCUAGUGGUGAAGAGAUCGCUGUGGCCACUCUCAGUGGUAAUAUAACCAUUUUCGACAUCAAAUCUGCUGGCCAAGUUGCUACUAUAGAGGGUCGUAAUGAUCUGAGCGCAGGGCGCCUGGAAACCGAUAUUAUAACAGCGAGGAAAAAUGCUCAGGCAAAUUAUUUUUCCACCAUCGAGUACUCAGCGGAUGGUGAGUGCAUACUGGCGGCUGGAAAGUCUGCGAACAUAUGCAUUUACCAUGUUAGGGAGGCAAUACUAUUGAAGAAAUUUGAGAUCACACAAAACCACAGCUUAGAUGGACUUAAUGACUUUAUCAGUCGGAAACAUUUAAGUGAAUUUGGCAACAUGGCUCUGGUGGAAGAACGUGAAGAGCUGGAGGGUGGAAGGGUGGCUAUUCGAUUGCCGGGCGUGCAACGGGGAGACAUGUCAUCCAGGAGAUUCCAGCAAGAGGUUAGGGUGUUCUCCGUAAAGUUCUCACCCACCGGCCAGGCAUUUGCGGCUGCUGGCACUGAAGGACUCUGCAUAUACGCCUUAGAUAAGGGUGUUGUCUUCGAUCCCUUUGAUCUCUCGCUGGAAGUUACGCCGAAAGCGGUCCACGAGUCCCUCAAGCAGCAGAAUUACACCAAGGCGUUGGUCAUGUCCCUCAAGCUAAACGAGCCCAAUUUGAUUGCCCUAGUGCUGGAGCGAGUGCCGUAUAAGGACGUCGAACUGGUUUGUGCGGAUCUGUCGCCGGAGUUUGCCCAGCGACUGUUGCAACAAUUGGCCCGUCAUCUCCAGUCCACGCCACACAUAGAGUUCUAUCUGCAAUGGAGCUGCUGUCUGCUGACCAAACACGGAAACCAAGAUGGAGUCUUUCAGCACACGGGCUUGCUGGCACUGCACGAGGUUCUUUCGAGGAAAUACGAAAUGCUUAACAAAAUCUGCGACUACAACAAGUACACGUUGAAAGUACUCCUGGAUAGAGCGGAUAAGUUGGAGCAGGAAAACGAGGGCAAACCCAAUGCGACGGAGGAAGAUAGUGAUGAGGAAAUGCUACUUAUCAGGUCGAAGGACGACGAAAAUGGACAGGAGCAGUUUAGCGAUGAGGAGGAGAGCGACAGCGGAUCCGAAGAAGAGAUGGCUUGAAUCGGAGCUUUGCCACCUAUUUCCUUGUUAUCUAAAUCGACGCUUAGUUUGUUUGAUAGAUGUACGCGCCUUGUCUUUUAUUAAGAAUAAAUUUAAAGCUUUUCGAUAACAUUGUUAGAGGGUUCACUGAACUACGAUUAGCUGAGUGAACAACAUAACUUAAAAAUGGAAAGAAUACAGAUAUUUAUAUAAACUUAACUUGGUAUAGCAGUUACAAUCCUAGAUAAAUAUAUGCAUGUAAUAUAUAUAGUAGUGAUGUAAUGUAUUUACAUUGUGUUUGUAUUUCCAUAUCAAAUAUAAACUCGAUUUAGCUUAA